UUUGUUACGUAACGGAGGACUAUUCGCCAUUUCAAUAAACCCUAAACUCGUUCGUUCGGAGAAAUCGCAGAAACUGUUCUGUGGCCGUAGCUUCUUCGCUUUAAUAUGAGUAGGCCCAUGGAAGAGGAUGGAUCUAAUCACAGAGAAGUUAGACCUCAAAUACAGAUUAACAGAAGAAGGGCUUAGAGAACAAGAACAACUUGAACCAGGUCCAGAUUUUGAGACAAGAACUGAGAAUUUAGAUCGUAAUGUGCUGAACCAACCUUGACAAAUUGGAUUCUUGUGACAAUAAUAGAUCAUGUUAUAACAAAGCUGCCAUAGCCUCUGUUAUUGCACGUUGCCUGUGUUUGAUUUGCACUCAGAUCCCCAUCUCAGAGAAAGAUGGCUGAGAAGAAGAGAAAAGGCAGAGACGAAAUCAGGCAGAAUAAAGAUAGAGGCGUGAAGAAGAGAAGAGACUCGAAGUCUAAAACCCUUAAAGGCACUGAGAGAAACAAGAGAGGGGAAGGUAGGAAGAGGACCGGUCCACGUUUGCCAUCAAAGCUGCGAAAGGAGCUUGACCUUUUAAAUCGUGACCCUACAAAUAGCGAUGGAGACAUUGAUUCUGAUGAAGACAAUGAUGUGUACGAGUAUGAAGAAGGGAUAGCUGAGGAGGAAUCCAAGAAGAAUCGGCGUUUUGACCCAGUGGAAAAUCUUGAGUAUGAGCUUCCUGAACAAUUUGAGGAUGAAGAUGUGCUAUCAGAUGAUGAUGAUGGACACGAGAAUGAAGAUGCCAGCAAUGAAAGAGAAAAUUCAGACCAGCUUGGAGAUGGGGCUGAGGAAGAUGGCAAUAGGCAUGUGAGGAUGUUGCAAGGAAUUACUGGACUGCCAAGUGGUGCUUUUGAAGGUAAGAAGAAGAAGAACAAUAACAUAGUUAUAUCUGAGGCUUAUCCAGAGUCUGAAUUCAAUCCUACUCGAGAUGUUCUGGAUGGUGAUGGACUCAUUAGCAUUCAGGACCUUCUGGAUCCUCUUCAUGGGAAGCAGGGCUACAGCAAGCUUAGAAAGAGAAUGCAUCAAUUGGAAAGAAACUCCAUGUCUGUUCAACCUCCACUUCCAAAAGCAGAUCAGGAGAAGUUGGAGAGGAAGGUAGCAUAUGAACAAUCAAAGAAGGACAUUACAAAGUGGGAGCCAUUAGUCAAGCAGAACAGGGAGGCGGCUACCAUCUUUUUUGAUGAGGAUAUAGACUUGGGAUUUUCCACUGUUGGAGCCAUAGCUUCUGAAUUUGAACCUAGAACUGAAUUCGAGAAAAAAAUGGCCGCUUUAGUCCAUGAUGACAAGGUUGUUGAAGCUCAUAAAAAUGAUGGUGCAAGGCUUCUUGAGCUAAACAAGUUAUCUAUUGAAGAUGUAAAAGACCGACAAAAUCGCCUGGCUAAAAUUCGUAGCCUUCUUUUCCGACAUGAAAUGAAGGCAAAACAUGUAAAGAAGAUCAAGUCAAAAACAUAUCAUCGUUUGUUGAAGAAAGACAGUUUGAAAGCAGGAUCUGUUGAAAUGCAAUUGGAUCCAGAAGCUGCUAAAGAGCAGGCAAUGAAGCAAGAGUUCAAACGUGCAGAGGAACGCAUGAUUCUGAGGCAUAAAAAUAGCUCUAAAUGGGCUAUGCGCAUUCUAAAACGUGGUUUGAAUUCUCAAGAUGAAGGAACUAGGGCUGCUGUAUCUGAUCAGCUGCAUCAGCAUGCUCUUUUGACUAGAAAAAUAAAUUCAAUGAAAGACAGUAGUAGCAGCAGUGAUGACAGUGGCGAUGAUGAUAAUGAUGAUGAAAUUUCGGCUGGUUCAGACCAGGAUGGGGCAUCCAAUUUGUUAGCAAAAGCAAAAGAGAAGACGCUUAAAAUAAUUGAAGAAGAAGACGCAGUGCCUAACUCAGGAGUGUUGGCUUUACCCUUCAUGGUCCGUGGGUUAAAAAAGAGGAAGGAGGCAGCUGAUGAAGAAGCUAAACUUGCUCUUCAAGAGUAUGAAUCAUCGUUGAAGCAGCUGGAGGGUGCUGCUGGGGCAGAAAGUCCUAAAGUAGCUUCUUCUAGUGGUAGACGAGUUUUCAGUGCAGCUAAGAAGCAUGCCCAACAAUCAAGUAAUAAGAUUAAGUCAGAGAAAAAUUAUAGCAAUAGUAAUAGUGAAGAUGACAUCAUGGAUGAAGAAAAUACUGAUGUCCAGCAUGACAGCGGUAAGGAUCUGCAGAAGGAUGUUAACAUUGAUCUUGAUGUACUUCGUGAAGAGUCUGAAAUUGCACAUGAUACUGUGUUUAAGAAUUUUGAUGAUAUUGUUAGAGACCCAGGGCCUAAAACAACAUACGAAGUUGCUAUCUUUGCGUCAGACUCCUGGAAAAAGAUGAAAGGCACAAGUGACAUUGAUGCCAAUGCCAAAAAAUCUUCAAUGGCUGUAGAAACAUCUUUGCAAAAUCAAGAACUAGAGGUUCCUGUUUCUGGUCUCAAGAACUUGAACGGAGGUGAUGAUAGCGAUUCAGAGAGUGAAGGACAGAUGGUAGAUGGUAUUUUAUCUUCUGGCUCAAGGCCAACUUAUGAACUUCCAUCUCAAGCAGAGCUUAUACGACGUGCUUUUGCCGGGGAUGAUGUGGAAGAAGAUUUUGAGAAGGAUAAGCAGGAAAUUAUUAAUGAGGAAAAUCCUGAACCUGAAAAACCCAUUUUGCUUCCUGGAUGGGGUCAGUGGACUGAUAUACAACAAAAGAAAGGCUUGCCUUCGUGGAUGGUACAAGAACAUGAAACUGCCAAGAAAAAGAGAGAAGAAGCCCUUAAAAAGAGGAAGGAUGCACAUCUUAAACACGUAAUUUUAUCUGAGAAGCUGGAUAAAAAGGCAGAGAAACUCCACACCAAGACAUUGCCCUUUCCAUAUACAUCAAAGGAAGUUUUUGAGCAGAGUAUCCGAAUGCCCAUUGGACCUGAAUUCAAUCCAGCAACUGCAAUUGGAGCUCUUAAUCGACCAGAAGUUGUGAAGAAACCUGGUGUGAUCAUCAAACCAAUCAAAUUUGAAGAUGUGAAUCCCUAUGAAAGAUCGGAGGAUCGUGGGCAGAACAAACAGAAGCAGAAGGUGAAGAACAAUAGAAGUAGCAGCAACCCCAGAAGAAGAAAGAAUGCAAAGGAGGGCAAAAGCUGACCCUGUUUGUAUCCCUUCAUUCAUUCUCGGGUCUGAGAGCUUUUGUAGCUUGGAGAGAAAAUUAGAGAUGUCAUUUAUUCAACUUAUUUCACAUACCAGGAAAUUGAAAUAUUCCGCUGUGCUGCGGCAGUUUUGUUGAGUUGUGUUCAGGAAUAUGACCAUUGCACGUCUGUUGAACGUGAUGGUUGACCCAUUUUUGUGUAGUAAUGGUGUUCCAGUUGGGUUUGUCUGUUGA